GGAAGAGAGAGAGAGAGGAGAGAGAGCGAGAGAGCACUGCUGCUGCUGCUGGUUUUUUUACACUCACAGUGUAGAGCUUGGUGCUUGCUGGCCUCCCUCCGCCUAAGAAAAGUGGGUUAUGAAAGGAGCUCCUCUCAGAGACUGUAUAGCCCUUCACUGAAAUAGGAGCAUUCAGCAGCAGAAAGAAAAAGGGAAAAGAAACAACAGCAACAACAAAUCAAUAUCUUCUCUUUUUUAAGGCUUUCCUUCACCUUUGCAAGUGGUUUAUUUUUUCAAUAAGCUUUUUUAAAAAAGAAAUUGUAUUUUUGUUCAUUUAACUUUUUUUGUUUGCUCUGGUUUUAUGAGGGGCUCGUUAAGACUUAGGGGGGAAAGAAAAGAGGUGCAAGAGAGAGGAGGGGAGAGAAGAAAAGUGGAAAGGAUUAGAAGCUGGAAAAGCCCCGUCUGCUUUCACUCCUCGCUGGCUGUUGAUGAACGCUCUGUAUUUGUAAAUUGCUCUUCCUGUCCGACCUGCACACCCCGAGAGUGCCCAUCUUCCUAUAUAUACCCUGAAAGUCAGCUUGGCCACCAUGGUCGGAAGAGUUCAUCCCGAUCGGAAACAGUUGCCGCUGGUCCUACUGAGAUUGCUCUGCCUUCUCCCCACAGGACUGCCUGUUCGCGGCGUGGAUUUUACCCGAGGCACUGACAACAUCACCGUGAGGCAGGGGGACACGGCCAUCCUCAGGUGUUAUGUAGAAGACAAAAGCUCCAAGGUGGCCUGGUUAAACCGAUCUGGAAUCAUUUUUGCUGGACAUGACAAGUGGUCUCUGGAUCCCCGGGUUGAACUGGAGAAACGGACUGCACUGGAAUACAGUCUCCGCAUCCAGAAAGUGGAUGUCUACGAUGAAGGCUCCUAUACAUGCUCAGUUCAGACACAGCACCAGCCCAAGACUUCCCAGGUUUACUUGAUCGUCCAAGUUCCACCAAAGAUCUCCAACAUCUCCUCAGAUGUCACUGUGAAUGAGGGAAGCAACGUGACCCUGGUCUGCAUGGCAAAUGGUCGUCCUGAGCCGGUCAUCACCUGGAGGCACCUCACACCAACUGGAAGAGAAUUUGAAGGAGAAGAAGAGUACCUGGAGAUCCUUGGAAUCACAAGGGAGCAAUCAGGCAAAUAUGAGUGCAAAGCUGCCAAUGAGGUUUCCUCAGCAGAUGUCAAACAAGUCAAGGUCACUGUGAACUAUCCUCCUACUAUCACGGAGUCCAAGAAUAAUGAAGCUACCACAGGGCGACAAGCUUCUCUCAAAUGUGAGGCCUCCGCAGUGCCUGCACCCGACUUUGAGUGGUACAGAGAUGACACCAGGAUAAACAGCGCUAAUGGCCUUGAGAUUAAGAGCAUUGAAGGCCAGUCCCUCCUGUUGGUGACCAACGUCACUGAGGAACACUAUGGUAACUACACCUGUGUGGCUGCCAACAAGCUGGGAGUCACAAAUGCCAGCCUAAUCCUUUACAAGCGAGUUUUACCCACAAUCCCCAACCCUAAUCAAGAAAUUGGUACCACCGUGCACUUCAAGCAAAAAGGACCUGGAUCAGCGAGAGGAAUAAAUGGAUCAAUCAGCCUGGCCGUACCACUGUGGUUGUUGGCAGCGUCCCUGUUCUGCCUACUCAGCAAAUGUUAAUAGAAUAAAAAUUUACAAACAAAAACAACAACACACAAAAAUUGCAUCAUACAGGAGACAGAGAGAGAGAGAGAGAGAGAAAGAGAGAGAGCAAGGGGGGAGGACCGUUUCUUUUACAACUUUGUGUGUUCAGAAGUGAAGGGGAAAAAUUAUAACAACAAAGUGUAACUUUUUUUCAAAACUCAAAUUCAUUAGGUAAAAAUUUGAAAACAACUUGGUGGGAAAAUGCCACUGUGCAUGUAUGUAUGUGUGUGUGUUUGGGUUGUGUGUGUGUAUGUAUACGAACAAUUGGUUGCUAUGUAAAGACCACAUCAUGCUGAGGACAUUCAGGUGUUCUUUAGAUAGGAAAGAAAGAAAGAAAAGGAAAGAAAAAGAAAAAGAAUACUAGAUAAUUGUUUGCUCCCUUUUUUCUUCCUUUCUUCAUCCUUUUUCAUCUGUGAAAAGUCAAGUCUUACCUUUGGUGUUUAUAUAAAUUUUUUUUCCAGUUGGUCAUUUUGAACUGACUCAGCCAAUUCAGACUAUCAAAAUAAUCCAUACUGGUGUCUUGUGAAUAGCCUCUCAUUGGCAUGCCCCACCCUCUCUCUAAUUUUAUUCCCUUUUCUUAAAUCAUCCAUUCUCCUUCUCCCUGACUCUAUAAUCCUUGAUACUAUCCCCUUGAUCUUGCGUAUUUUCCUCUCCUUCCCUGCUGCCACCACCUUGAGCUCGUCAUGCCGCUGAUGCUAGGAAAUGACAUUUUAAUUUUAAUUUUCUUCACUUCGUGUGUGAAUGUGCUCAGGUCUCUCUCUCAUGCGGAUGUAUAUGUGUGUGCGUGUGUCUCUCUCUCUAAAGCAUGCCAAGGGAAUGGUCCAUAUGUACAUAGAUUCAUCGUGCUGUGGAUAAUUGUCCUGCAUUGUAAUUGUGAAAUGCGGUUUUGACAUGUUGCUCAGAAAGAUGGUGGGGAAGGUGGUAGUAGAUCCUUGGGUCUGAAGCUCCAGUGGCAGCCUCACUGGAGUUUGCCUUGAAUUUCACUUGUUAAGAUAGCAUGGAAGAGCCCACCUCGCAACACCUUUCUCCACUCCACUCCACUCCUCCACCCCCAUCCCAAAUCUAACCAAAAGGCAUUAGAUUAGUGGCUGUCACAUGACAUCAGUGUGAAUUCAAACAGGAAGAGAAGCUGGGUUCCCUCCAGGGGCAGGGCUCUAAGCUUCCUUUUAUACCCAUCAUCAGAACCCAGAAUAUCACUGUUAUUGAAAGUGCCUACUACCGAUGGGGGUGGGGGACAGGGAAGAGUUAAUCAGUCACGUAGGCUGAGCUACCUAAGAGGGGAAGAUUUCUGACUUAGCUCUUGCUUCAUAGUCUGAGAAAACUCAAACAUUUCGGGACAUUUUACUGAAUGUGCCCUGUCCUCCCUCUGUAGUGGGUAUGGUGUGUACAGAAUAUAUGGAGAAGCAGGGAAGUCACCAAGUGCUAAUUCAUAAGUGUAGAAUUAUGAGCCCUAUGAUCAUCUAAACUUCCCUCCUUUUGCCCCUCCCUAUUGGUCAAAUAACAUUAUGGAUACCCCACCCAGCCACCCCUGACCAAUUCCCUUGGAUUAAACAUGUGGAUAAUGAUUGGUUCAUAAUGUGGAUCACUUGAAGUGUGAUCAAGUGGAGCAGGAAUCAUUGGCAGCUGCAAAGGAAUCAAGGAACUUGUAAAUACUGAAGCCCCAUGAUCCAUAUUCCAAACACAGAGGCUGGAGCCCCUGUAUGAAGCAUAGGACAGAAAGACAAAAAAAAAAAAGUUUCCUUCCAUAUGCCUCUACAAAUCUACAAAUCUGGUGACUGGUAUAAUUUAAUAAUAGAUAUAAUUCAAUUGCCUAAUAAUUCCUCUUUGGUUCUUUUGGAGCUUUUGGCAAUUCCAUCAAUUCAUAGUUACCUAAAGAUUAAUUUUUCACUGGGCUCCAGGACAACAAUCUUGCUGCUAGCUUGUUUUCUGUGAUGGAUGCUGUGGGGCAUGAUCUUCCUCAAAAUCUAAAAAUUUACUCUCAUGUUUUCCAUGGAAAACUGUGAAAGGAUGACAAACUGGGAAAUUUAGCUUAGGCAUAGAAGAUAGAUUUGAACUAUUUUCUGAGCAAAAAAAAAAAAAAAAAAAAAGAAGUUGGGUGAUCAGAAUGAUGUCUCUGAGGAGGUAGAGCAAUAGUAUUAAUAGAGUUGCAAUGAUUAGUAAAGAGAAAAAUAAUGGUUCUUUGACAAUAAUAUCAAUAGAAAGCAAGCCAGUUAAAUGUAUUGAAAAAGCUUAAAACUGACUGUGUUCCAGAAUUGUUUAAAAGAACAGACUGCUAUCCUUUAAAUCAAUUUUGAUUGCAUUGGAGUGGGACCAAAUCUCUACUAACAAUUAGAGAGGGAAAACUAAAAACAAAACAAAACAAAACUUGAUUCUUUUUUAGAAAAGUCUCCCACUGUAAUCCAUAACAUAUUAGAGAGAAAAGCCAUGGUAGAAAUUUUUCCUCUUGAUAGAUUUUACAGAUAGAAAGCUUUUUUUAAAGGCAUUUUUUUCUGUGUAGGUGCAAAGAAAUCUCUUUCAAUUAUAGCAAGUUAUUUUACAGUGUGUACUCAGGCAAGCAAUCAUCAUCAUCAUGUUGAACUCUUCAUUAACUACCCCUCCUAAGUAUUUCUUUUGGAGAUAGCAAAUUGGAUAGAGAAAAAGAACUAACUAGAUAGCUCAUCCCUUAUAUCCCCAAGCAUUAGUAUUUAAGAGUCAAAACUUUUUUUUUUAAUCAAGGGAGUGAAAAAGUAAUGGAUGAAUUCCUUGAGAAUAGAUUAGAAAUCAAAAAGUUCUGAAAUAUGGGCAACUAAAUCAAAUUGCUCAACAAAAAAUUGUCACCCAUAACAGUAAAGUCAUAAUGCUAAAUCAUAGUGGAAGGUCAUAAUGGUGAGGAAGAUCUUGCAAAUUACUUCUUUUUACAGAAGAAAACAAAAACAAAAACUCAGCUGCUAACUUCCUUCAGGGAACUGUUAUUCACUGUGCUCAACUUUAGCCAUUCAUGAUUAGGAAUGUUUGGAAAUUUAGACUGGUGAACCAUGGAUUGGCUUUGCUCUAAAUCCUAAUAGUCCUGAAGAAUUUUUGUUCAAUCUGAGAUAAGAUGAAAUGAUGCUAAGUAGUUCACAAAACAAUAUAAUGCAAUGCAAUAUAAUACAAUAUGAUACAUUAAGUGUAAGACAACAAAACCUUUUUUUUUUCUUUUGGGUGAAUUGCCUGCUUAAUGCCUGUUUAAAUUUUAGGUACUCUCAGUAGCCUUUUUCUGGAGUCUACAUACUUUAUUCCUUCAGCUCUGAAACACAGAAUGGGAAAUGGGGUACCAAAUAGCCAUCAUUACAAAUGCUCUCUUCCAUUUCCUUUUACCUAUGUAGUCUUUAUUCUUUAAAAAUAAUAUAUAUAUGUACUUAAAAACAUCAUACACUUUCAUCACACAAAAAAAGAAGUGGGCAUGAGGAUACAGUGUGACUGUAGGCAAGAUGUGGUAAGAAUUUGCUGAUAUCAUCAAGAUACAAAAUAAUUAAUCGAAUGAUUGAUCUAAUCUGAGAAGAAACCCAAUUUAACCAAAAUCCCAGUUGCUGAUUAAUAUCAAUUUGGUGAUAAAUUUGUUCUUUCUUCAAAGUGAGUCAAAAUUAAAUUGGAAAAUCUCUUGCCUAGGUAUUUAAAAUAUUUGAGGAAAAAAAAUCUUUAUACAGUCAUCAGAAAUCACUCCUGAGUUGACAUCCCCAAACGAAUGAAUAAAUUGAUUCAAAUAUGAAUACUCCUCACCCUAUCCUUGUCCAAGAGAGUAGGCCUAGUCAAUAUUCCACCUAGACAUAAGCUGGAAUUGCCAUUAGUAAUAGCAUGCCUUCAAAUAGAAUGACACACAUAUUCUCAGUGCCUGAUACAAAUCAUUGUGAUAAAUUUCUCUUUUCUGGAAGGAUCUGAUCUUUUAAAUUUUCUUUCUGAUUUUGAUUUUUUCUUAUCCACAUAUGAAGUAUAAACUAGAAGUUUCAUUCUCUUCCCUUCUCCUUUCUCCUUCCCCACUGAGAUCUUUUCCAAUUCCUUUGUUCCUUAGGCAUAGAAAGAAACAAAUUAGAAAUUCAAUAGAAGUAUUGAACCUGGCUAAGAGAAUUUGAGGAUUUGUCAGCAAAGUAGAGGAGCCAGGAAAUAGGGAAUCUUAGCAAAGAGCCACUUACUAUUUGGUUCAUCACUUUGUCACUUCAGGAAUCAAGUCCAUUAGCAAAUGAAGCAUAAAACAGUACAUGGGAAAGAACCAACUAGAUGGAAAUAAUAUGCUGAAGGGAGUGAAAUUCAUCAAUUAAUCUGACUGGCUAGAUGUUUAAUGUCAGGAGAAGUGCCCUUUGUAUACAAAAUAAAACUGAAUCUUCACUCCCCAAAGAUACUUCCUUUAACUUCUAGUUGACAAGAGCAGUAAUGAUGCCAACAUCAUUACUAUCAUUCUAUGAUAUAGAAUUUGCAACUGAGAAAAUUAUAACUUUACAUUCCCUAGGCCAACCUAGGGUAUUUCCUAAGGAAUGAGAGUAAUCUGAGUUCUUAUAACUUCAGACAACAUUAUCAUUCCUCCCUCUAAAUUGCUUAUCUUUCAAUUUUUCUCUUAGGUCAUUCUAAUUGUUCCUUGUUAUAACUGAGGUAUGUGUAUGUCCAUAAAAAGCUUUACAAAUUCCAAGGAUGCAGGGUGAGAUUUCCUAAAUUAUAACCAAAAUCAGCUAUUGACAUAAAUUUGUGGUUUCAUUAUCAUCUGUGAAUCCAUGCAAUCUCUUUUCUUGACAUGGACAUCUUUACAAAGACUGACAGCUAUGGAUAUUCAAAGGGACUUUAUUUUUCUGUUGCAUUUCUCCUUUUGCCUUUCGUGGUUUUCUUGGAGACUAGAAACUAGAAACACUGUUUCUUCCCCAAAUUGGCUUCUCUUUGCACAAAUAAACUGGAUUCAUCAUAUGGGAUUGCUUCUGGUGCUGAAACUAUACCCAUUUGCUUGUUAAUUAAUUACUCCAGAGGCAGAGCUAGAUCCCAGUUUCAGGCAUUUUUCUAGUGGCCAAUCUAUUAAAAAUUCUUGCAUUUGGAUCAUUUUCACUGAGGCUAACCAUGACCUAAUUCCUCUCUUCAGCUCCCAUGGCUUUUCAGCUUGGAUUUGAUGUUGAUUCCCAGUGGGUCACCAAUUUCAGAAGCAUGUAAAUAUAAGCAGGUGUUAAAAUACCCACUUAUGACAUUAUAGGAUUAUAGAGUCUUAGAGUUGAAUGAUGUAAAUCAAUUUCCUUAUACAUAUUUCCAUAGCAACCCGAAUGUAGUUUAGUAUGGCCUCUUAUUGUCUUAGAAAUUUCAAACUAUUUUCAAAGAUCAAGAAUGUAAGGUUAUAAUUUUCUCAGUUGCAAAUUCUAUAUCAUAGUAUUAUAAUGUCAAUGUGUAGAAAAUGAAGUUUGUAAUUCUUUUUUACAAUAUUAGUAAAGAUGCAAACUAAACUCCAAUUUUAUAUACAGAUUUGGCACACACAUGCUAAACAUCGAAGAUUAAGGGUACAUUUGUUUUACCCAGUAAUAUACAUAAAUUCUUUCUUAGAAAGUCAAGCAAUGUUAACAUUUACAUUAACAAAAAUGUUUAUGUAUGUAGUAGAAAAAUUGUUUUAAACUCUUGAUUUCCUUCUUCCACAUUUACAUACGAUAUGCUGAUUAAUAAAUUAGUCCCCAAUCAUGUGUAAAUCAAAGUAAAUCACUAGUUUAUGUACAUAAAGUAAACUAUGUAAACUUCUUUUUUUUUUUUUCCUACCACACUCAAGCCCAGGUAAUACUAUAAGUAUAUUAAAAAAAAAAAAAAAAAACCCACAGUGCUAAAUAGUACUAAACCAUUUGAAAUUGUCAAAGGAAAGACUAAAUCUCUCAAUGGAUUAAAUUCCCUCAGUAGGAGAAAGCUUUGCUUUAUUCAUACAAUGCUUAAUCCUAUUGAUCUUUUCAAAGACGCUAGAUACAGCCCAGCCAUCAUAAUCUACAAGUGCAGGGGCCAGUUUUAGGAGACACAAUAGUGUCAUGGAAAGAGCAGUGGCCCAGGCUUUGACACUAUUACCUCAGCCAUGUCAGCUUGCCUCUGUGUGCCUCAGUAUUCUCAUCAGCAAAAUUAGUGAGUUAAACUAGGUGAUUUAUAAGUACUCUUCUAGCUCUAAUGUUCUCUGAGUCUACACAUUCAGACUAGAAAUUACAAAUUUCAGUUAUUUGCAACAUCAUAUAAUAUCAGAACUUUCUGACUUCCCUUGGAAAGAAAGAAAGAUUUAGAAAGAAUCUUAUACUUUUCCCUGCUGUGUUUCUGCUUUAUCUAUUUUGAAAGUUUCCAUCUUAUUUCAGUAUUCUAGACAUUUUAAUUAAAUGGACUCUUGGAAAUAUCUUGAUUAAGUUAAAAAAAAAUUACUUUUGUUUCCAUCCAUUCACUCAACAACCCUUGGAAUUAUUUCAAUAGGGGAAAAGGAGAGACAUGUUCUUUCAAAUUUCCAAGUAAUCAUGAAGGAAAAGGCUGAUCCUCCAUAUAAGAGAUCUAUGUUCUGGUUGCCAAAGAAAAAAUAAAAUAAAAUCCUUGAAAAGGUCUUAUUCUUUAAUCUCGGGAAGUAGCAGCUUUCAAUUGGCUUAGUAAACUGUUCCCACCAUUCCACUCUCAAAUCCCAUUUCUGAAUCUUUGUCCUUUUGGCAAAGACACUAUUGGAUUGCAUAAAGCACCUGAUUUCUUUGCUAAAGUAGAUACAAACAUUGACAACAACUAAAUAAUUGGCACACAAAAGCACAUCAAAGGCAAGACCGGAAAAAUAGUUUCGGUUUAUUAUUAGCACUAUUGUAUUUAAAAAAAAAAAAUCAAGUCUACAUGAUGGCCUAGAGUUGUCUUGGUUAUAUCAGUAAUUAGCAGUGUGAUCUUGGUUAAAUUAUUCACUUCUGUGGGCCUCAAUUUCCUUACCUGAAAACUGAGGUAGUUAGAUUAAAUUAUCUUGAAGGUUAUGAUACUUGUAAUUGCAUGAUUAUAAACUGGAUGUGCACUGUGUAUAGCACUGUGCUUAGCUACUUAUUUUAAAUGGCAGUAUUUCCUUUUUCAUCUGAAUCUUCCCAUAUCCUUUAAAAGCAUUGACAGACUUCCUCCCAAAUAGCAGUGAGGAAGGCUAAAACUUCUAAUAAAAAUUUUCACAUGGUUUAUGAUUUGAUCAUCUGGUCAUAUCUGGACAUAUCAUUUGGUAGCAUGUUGAGGAUGUUACCCAUCUGGGAUAUUUAACUAAGAGCACCGAAGUAUUUUUUUAAUAUAUCAAACCAAGCUGUUAUACUGUUUAAUUAACCUAGAAUGAAAGGGAAAGACCUUAUCUGUUUCCCCCAUUAUGUACUACCCCACAAAUUGUAGUCUUAUAACUUUAGUAUUCCAUAUAUUUUAAGUAAGCAAGUCCUCAAAUUUAGAAAUAAACUGCAAGUGUUUCUUUCUAAUCUGAAGAAGUUCAAGUUCCCCAUUAAAAAUUCAGGAAAUGUUUGAUACUAAAAAUAGAUAUCUUCCUAGAGAUGAUAGUUAUAAAAUGCAAGUCCCAAGCAGGUGCAGGUGACCCUGUAUUAUUAUAAAAAAAAAAAAAAAGGAAAGA